AUGUUGGAGGAACUGAUUCUUGAUGGCCUAGAUAACUUGGAGGCAGUAUGCCAUGGCCCAAUUCCGAUGGGGUCUUUUGGUAAUUUAAGAAUUCUAAGACUAAGGUCUUGUAAGAGGUUGAAAUAUGUUUUCUCUCUUCCAGCACAACAUGGAAGGGAAUCAGCUUUUCCUCAACUGCAACAUUUGGAGUUGAGUGAUCUCCCAGAGCUCAUUAGCUUCUACUCCACAAGAAGCAGUGGUACCCAGGAGUCAAUGACAGUUUUCAGUCAACAGGUUGCACUCCCAGGCUUGGAGUCCUUGUCUGUACGGGGACUAGAUAAUAUAAGAGCAUUGUGGCCUGACCAACUUCCAACAAAUUCAUUUUCCAAAUUAAGGAAAUUGCAAGUAAUGGGAUGCAAGAAAUUGCUAAACCAUUUUCCGGUUUCUGUGGCGAGUGCUCUUGUGCAACUUGAGGACCUAAAUAUAUCGCAGAGUGGAGUGGAGGCAAUUGUUCACAAUGAAAAUGAAGAUGAAGCAGCACCUUUACUCUUAUUCCCUAACCUUACCUCUCUCACACUCUCCGGUUUACACCAACUCAAAAGAUUUUGCUCUAGAAGGUUUAGUUCAAGCUGGCCACUUCUGAAAGAAUUGGAAGUGCUCUAUUGUGAUAAAGUGGAGAUACUCUUUCAACAAAUAAAUUCUGAAUGUGAACUUGAGCCACUCUUCUGGGUAGAACAGGUUGCACUCCCAGGCUUGGAGUCCUUGUCUGUACGGGGACUAGAUAAUAUAAGAGCAUUGUGGCCUGACCAACUUCCAACAAAUUCAUUUUCCAAAUUAAGGAAAUUGCAAGUAAUGGGAUGCAAGAAAUUGCUAAACCAUUUUCCGGUUUCUGUGGCGAGUGCUCUUGUGCAACUUGAGGACCUAAAUAUAUCGCAGAGUGGAGUGGAGGCAAUUGUUCACAAUGAAAAUGAAGAUGAAGCAGCACCUUUACUCUUAUUCCCUAACCUUACCUCUCUCACACUCUCCGGUUUACACCAACUCAAAAGAUUUUGCUCUAGAAGGUUUAGUUCAAGCUGGCCACUUCUGAAAGAAUUGGAAGUGCUCUAUUGUGAUAAAGUGGAGAUACUCUUUCAACAAAUAAAUUCUGAAUGUGAACUUGAGCCACUCUUCUGGGUAGAACAGGUUGCACUCCCAGGCUUGGAGUCCUUGUCUGUACGGGGACUAGAUAAUAUAAGAGCAUUGUGGCCUGACCAACUUCCAGCAAAUUCAUUUUCCAAAUUAAGGAAAUUGCAAGUAAUGGGAUGCAAGAAAUUGCUAAACCAUUUUCCGGUUUCUGUGGCGAGUGCUCUUGUGCAACUUGAGGACCUAAAUAUAUCGCAGAGUGGAGUGGAGGCAAUUGUUCACAAUGAAAAUGAAGAUGAAGCAGCACCUUUACUCUUAUUCCCUAACCUUACCUCUCUCACACUCUCCGGUUUACACCAACUCAAAAGAUUUUGCUCUAGAAGGUUUAGUUCAAGCUGGCCACUUCUGAAAGAAUUGGAAGUGCUCUAUUGUGAUAAAGUGGAGAUACUCUUUCAACAAAUAAAUUCUGAAUGUGAACUUGAGCCACUCUUCUGGGUAGAACAGGUUGCACUCCCAGGCUUGGAGUCCUUGUCUGUACGGGGACUAGAUAAUAUAAGAGCAUUGUGGCCUGACCAACUUCCAACAAAUUCAUUUUCCAAAUUAAGGAAAUUGCAAGUAAUGGGAUGCAAGAAAUUGCUAAACCAUUUUCCGGUUUCUGUGGCGAGUGCUCUUGUGCAACUUGAGGACCUAAAUAUAUCGCAGAGUGGAGUGGAGGCAAUUGUUCACAAUGAAAAUGAAGAUGAAGCAGCACCUUUACUCUUAUUCCCUAACCUUACCUCUCUCACACUCUCCGGUUUACACCAACUCAAAAGAUUUUGCUCUAGAAGGUUUAGUUCAAGCUGGCCACUUCUGAAAGAAUUGGAAGUGCUCUAUUGUGAUAAAGUGGAGAUACUCUUUCAACAAAUAAAUUCUGAAUGUGAACUUGAGCCACUCUUCUGGGUAGAACAGGUUGCACUCCCAGGCUUGGAGUCCUUGUCUGUACGGGGACUAGAUAAUAUAAGAGCAUUGUGGCCUGACCAACUUCCAGCAAAUUCAUUUUCCAAAUUAAGGAAAUUGCAAGUAAUGGGAUGCAAGAAAUUGCUAAACCAUUUUCCGGUUUCUGUGGCGAGUGCUCUUGUGCAACUUGAGGACCUAAAUAUAUCGCAGAGUGGAGUGGAGGCAAUUGUUCACAAUGAAAAUGAAGAUGAAGCAGCACCUUUACUCUUAUUCCCUAACCUUACCUCUCUCACACUCUCCGGUUUACACCAACUCAAAAGAUUUUGCUCUAGAAGGUUUAGUUCAAGCUGGCCACUUCUGAAAGAAUUGGAAGUGCUCUAUUGUGAUAAAGUGGAGAUACUCUUUCAACAAAUAAAUUCUGAAUGUGAACUUGAGCCACUCUUCUGGGUAGAACAGGUUGCACUCCAAGGCUUGGAGUCCUUGUCUGUACGCGGACUAGAUAAUAUAAGAGCAUUGUGGUCUGACCAACUUCCAGCAAAUUCAUUUUCCAAAUUAAGGAAAUUGCAAGUAAGGGGAUGCAACAAAUUGCUAAACCUUUUUCUGGUUUCUGUGGCGAGUGCCCUUGUGCAACUUGAGGACCUAUAUAUAUCGAAGAGUGGAGUGGAGGCAAUUGUUGCCAAUGAAAAUGAAGAUGAAGCAGCACCUUUACUCUUAUUCCCUAACCUUACCUCUCUCACACUCUCCGGUUUACACCAACUCAAAAGAUUUUGCUCAAAAAGGUUUAGUUCAAGCUGGCCACUUCUGAAAGAAUUGAAAGUGCUCGAUUGUGAUAAAGUGGAGAUACUCUUUCAAGAAAUAAAUUCUGAAUGUGAACUUGAGCCACUCUUCUGGGUAGAACAGGUUGCACUCCCAGGCUUGGAGUCCUUUUCUGUAGGCGGACUAGAUUGUAAGACUCUGUAGAAAUCUGUAAAAUGGUAUUGGCUUCAAUGCCAAAAACCGGGUGGCUAUUCUCAUUUAUAUACAAUUACAGAAGGAGAUUUGAAAUACACA